AGCGACAGGUCUCGGGCCCUCAAGCGGAGCGGCGGGCGCCGGACCCCCAGGCGGAGAGACAGGUCUCGGACCCUCAGGCGGAGUGGCGGGCGCCGGACCCCCAGGCGGAACGACAGGUCUCAGGCCCCCAGGCGGGGCGGCGGGCACCGAGUCACCAGGCACAACCGUGGGCUCCGAGUCAACUGGGAUGACCGCUGGGCACUGGGUCAGACAUUGGAUCGUCUGGCUGGACAGCGGGCAUCGGGUCACCAGGCAUCAGGUCAUUUUGGCUCGACAGCGGGCACCGCGUCAUCUGGCAAGGCUGCAGUGGGCUCCGAGUCAACAGGCACGACAGUGAGCACCGGGUCAUCAGGUACCGGAUUGUCUGGCUCGACAGCGGGCAUCGGGUGUCACCAGGCAUCAGGUCAUUUGGCUCGACAGCGGGGCACCGGUCCAUCAGGUACCGGAUCAUCUGGAUCAACAGCGGGCAUCGAGUCAACUGGCCUAAUAGGAUCGUCAGGCUGGAUC